CCUCCUCAUUCACUACCUUUUCUCUUUUUUUUCGACAGGAAUUGCUCCUACCAGAUGUCUGAUUCCAAAUCGCAAAAGCUGGUUAAAGCCGAAAAGGAUGCAGAAGCUCCUCAGGAGAAUCCCUAUCUUGCACAUUUGCCGCCCAGUGAGCGUCUGGUCGGGGGCGCAGCUGCCUCUGGACGAAAGAAUCCCUAUGGUCUUGCUCCCAACCAUCCUUUGGCCAACUUCGUCAUUGGCGCCACCACUGCAGAACAGGCAGAAGCUGCUGAGGAAGGAGAUAUUAACCCAUUCACCGAUAAGCCCUUCAGUGAUAAAUAUCGCAAGAUCCUUGCGGGUCGUCGCAAGCUUCCUGUCAACAAACACCGCAAAGAAUUCUUGAACUUGGUUCAGAAUAACCAAGUUGUUAUUCUGGUGGGAGAAACGGGGUCUGGAAAAACUACUCAGAUCCCUCAAUUCUUGGUGUUUGAUGAACUUCCUGGAUUCAAGGGUAAAAAGAUCGCGUGUACUCAACCCCGCCGUCUUGCUGCUAUGUCCGUUGCUCAGCGUGUUGCAGAGGAAAUGGAUGUUGUUAUGGGCCAAGAAGUCGGCUAUAAUAUCCGUUUCGAGGACUGCACAAGUGCAAGUACCAUUCUUCAGUACAUGACUGAUGGUAUGUUACUGAGGGAGGCAAUGAAUGAUCCACUGCUCACACGUUAUUCUGCCAUUAUUCUGGACGAGGCUCACGACCGCACAUUGUCAACUGAUAUUUUGAUGGGCUUGAUGAAGGAGAUCAUUAGAAAGAGAUCAGAUCUCAAGGUAGUGGUCAUGUCUGCUACUCUGGAUGCUGGGAAGUUCCAAAAGUACUUUGACGAUGCACCUUUGAUGAGUGUUCCUGGCCGUACCUUCCCUGUUGAAAUCUACUACACUCCUGAGCCUGAGAGCGAUUACCUGGAAGCUGCUAUUUUCACCGCGCUUCAGAUCCACCGUAGUGAGGAUCCUGGCGACAUUUUGUUGUUCUUGACAGGAGAAGAGGAAAUCGAGGAUGCAUGCAAAAAGAUUAAAAUGGAGGCAGAUAUGAUGCCUGAUACAGGCCCAGUCAAGGUGUUGCCACUGUACUCUACCUUACCGCCCCAGGCUCAAAAGAGAAUUUAUGAGGAUGCACCCCCACCAAGGACUCCUGAAGGACGACCAGGACGAAAGAUUGUUGUUUCUACCAACAUUGCUGAAACGUCACUGACAAUCGAUGGAAUCGUUUAUGUCAUUGACCCUGGUUUCUCGAAGCAGAAGGUGUACAAUCCUCGCAUCCGUGUGGAGUCACUGUUAGUCUCACCUAUUUCUAAAGCGUCAGCCCAGCAGCGUUCUGGUCGCGCUGGACGUACUCGGCCCGGAAAAUGCUUCAGGCUAUACACAGAAAACGCAUUCAUGAAGGAGCUUAUUGAAACAACCUACCCUGAAAUCCUCAGAAGUAACUUGGGUACAGUUGUGUUACAGCUCAAGAAGCUUGGAAUCGAUGACCUUGUCCAUUUCGACUUUAUGGAUCCCCCAGCACCUGAAACACUCAUGCGUGCCUUGGAACUACUUAAUUACCUUGGGGCUCUGGAUGAUGAUGGUAACCUGACACCUUUGGGCAGUAUCAUGGCUGAUUUCCCCCUGGACCCUCAACUUGCCAAGAUGCUUAUUAUGAGUCCUCAAUAUGGAUGCUCUAAUGAGAUCAUGACCAUUGUCUCAUUGCUCAAUGUUCCUUUGGUCUUUGUCCGCCCUGCAGACCAGCGAAAGGCAGCUGACGAAGCCAAGGCUCAGUUCGCUCAUCCAGAUGGCGACCAUCUCACACUUCUGAACGUAUACCACGCUUAUAAGACCUCGGGCGAAGAUCAGAAGUGGUGCUACGACAAUUACUGCAAUUACCGUACCUUAAAGUCCGCAGAUAAUGUCAGGACACAACUCAAGCGUUAUAUGGAGCGUUUUGAUCUGGACUUGGUGUCACUGCCCUUUGAUGAAAGGCCUAAGGGUCCUUACUAUACAGGAAUUCGUAAGGCCUUGGUUACAGGAUACUUUAUGCAGGUAGCUCAUCAGGAGAGAUCAGGAAAUUACCUGACCGUCAAGGACAACCAAGUAGUUCGACUUCAUCCCAGCUCAUGCUUGGACCAUGCAGCCGAAUGGGUGAUCUAUAACGAAUUUGUGUUGACGAAUCAAAACUUUAUCCGCACUGUAACAGAAGUGAAAGCAGAAUGGCUUUUGGAUAUCGCUCCAAUCUAUUUUGACUUGGAUUCAUUCCCUAAUUGUGAAGGCAAGCGCGUACUUGAGAAGUUGCUCAGGAGGCGGAAAGAUGAGGAGGAUAUGAAGAAGAACCGAAAAAGUGAUCGCAGUGACCGUGACCGUGAUUACAAGCGUAGGAAAUAGUCGUAUGGAUACGCAUCCUCUUCAUUUAUGAUAGAUAAACUCUGUAGAUCGAAUCCCUCUCUCUUUCUUUUUCUCUUUUUCUUAUUUUGCAUCCCUCAUAGUCAGUUGUUUUCUUCAAUUCAAUCUCCAAUCAUAAUCUCAACAGAACUGAUAAAAGUAAUUUCACAGCUUGCACUGUGUAUC